AUGCCUCCUCAGCAACAACAACAAGGAAUGAAAAUGUCUCCUGAACAGCAGCAAGGAUUUAACCCGUUUUACUCUAUAAUUCAACAAUUAAGCCAGCUCCCUCCUGAUAUGCAGAGACAAUUUAUGAUGAUGAAUAAUAUGUCACAACUUGCAAUGCAAGUCCAAAAUCCAACGCAAUAUCCUGCGCAAUCAACAUAUCAAUAUGGAACUCCAAUUCAACAACAAUAUGCAAUUCCAAACCAAUUUGGAAUGCAAAACCAGCAGCAACAGAUUCUGCAACAGAACCAAUUUGGAAUGCCAAACCAAUUUGGAAUGCCAAAUCAACAACAGCAGAUUCCGCAACAAAACCAGCUUGAAAUGUCAAACCAAUUUGGAAUGCUAAAUCAACAGCAACUAAUUCCACAGCAGAACCAAUUUGGUGUACCAAAUCAGCAGCAACAGAAUCAGUUUGGAAUGCCUAACCAGCAGCAAAACACGGGAUUCAAUGAAACAAGAAACACAAGAUCCCGAAAUAGAAAACAUUAA